GCUGUUGCCAGGAAUCGAGAUGCUGAUGGCCGCUGAGAUUGGAGGUAGAGAACAGCCUGAGCAUUUAUAAGAUCCACAGAGCAGCAGUCUGUAAGAAGCAUGGUGCUGGCAUCUUCAUUACAAACCAAAUAACCGGAAAUUGGGCCGUCUUCUAUCCCCUGUUACCCUCCCGGCCGAUGAAUGGUAACCCUAAACAGGAUGGACAAGAUCAGGAUUGCUGUGGAUCCCAAGCCGAUUGGAGAACGGCACCGUACAUGUUUCACGUCGUGGCUCUAUGACACCUAUUGCUAAAGUUUGAAUAGAGUAACUCAUCAUGGGCAGUGAGGUGGCGAAUGGCGGCGUGGUGAACUCUGACCUUCCCGAUAGUCACGACACUUUCCUUCCGGCUUUAAAGUCUCUUCCUAUUUCUGCUGUAAAGCAAAAUAGCGUCUUACAGACCCUAGUAAGCAAAGGAGAUGAGGCAGACGGAGAACUUGAAAAUGAGGAUUUGCUGAAAGCAGAGCAGGAAUGGGAGGCUCUCGAGAACAUACAAGCAGGACUGUAUUGUGCGAAGCCAGGACUUUUGGGAGACCUUCCUGGACAAACCCCACUAAUAUCUUUUAACGAGGCUUUACAAUACUUCCAAACAGCCGAUCUGUCUGAAUUCGUGAGAAGGAUCCAGCCUACAGUUCGCCGCUCAGGAUUCUCGGCAAUCUCACAUUUUCUGUUCGGACCGCCAAGGCUCAGCAGAGAGCUUCACGCGGAGCGUGACCUGGUGCUGGCUAUAGCUCAGUGUCCUCUGGAUAGUGGUCAGCAAGUUCACAUAAGAGUCCUGCAGACCAUAUACAAGAGGCUCACAGGGGCCCGCUUUGAUUGUCCCCUCUAUGGAUCACACUGGGAGCAGCUGGGAUUCCAAGGUUUAGAUCCUGGGACUGAUCUGAGAGCAGCAGGACUACUGGGUCUAAUGCAUCCCUUGUACAUGGUGAUGGAGCCCAGAACCUUGCCCCUUGCACAUGAUAUAUACCGACUAUCGCAGCACCACACUCAGAACUUUCCAUUCUGCUUAAUGUCAAUUAACAUCACACGGAUCUGUAUCCAGGCUCUGAGAGAGGAACGUGUGUCCAGGGAAUGUAACCGCAGACAGCAGGUCUUCGCCGUUCUUAAUGACUUGUAUGUGGCCAUUUUUUAUCACCUGUACCAUGUAUGGAAGACUCAGAAUAAAACCAUCAGUGACUCUGGUUUCAUCCUGAAGGAAGUUGAAUCUUAUGCCAAGAGGAGACCCAAAGAUCUUCUGCGCCAGCUGGGUGCCCAUCUGCGAGAGCGACCGCUUCCCAAAGAUCUGCCUCCAGAAAUCUGGUCUCAGUGCUCCACAGAGCAGGGCAGCCCCCACCAGGCCGGAAGGUACAGGCACAACGAGGGGGGGAUUUGCUUCACUGGCGUCUGUGAACAGCAAGUGCAAGAGGACAGGCUUAUCUGAGGAGAUGAUUGAGACGGUGCUUGGAGGCUACGGGCAGUAUUACUCCGAUCACAGAGAGCCAGCUGCAGGAAAUCUGUGUCCUUGAGUAGAAGUUUAUCAUCGUCGGCCGGCCACACCGCAGAGCAGGGUCACUUUAGACAAGAUACACACGCAGAACGGGUUUGAAAGGUGUGUAUCGGUCAAAAGGAGUUAGCAUCUCCCGGACCGCUGUCUAUACGAGUAGCUGUGGUGGAGGCUGUAGGCAGGUAGGACGUGGAAUGAGCUAAUCCACAGUGUAGGAUUGGAAGAAGUCUUCUCAUCAGAUGUGACGUCCAGAGUGUAAUCUGGAAGGAAGAUACUGAAAAAUGUACAAACUGGUGAUCAUAGUAAGAAGAGUCUAGCUUUAGAAUUUAAGCCACUUUACCCUUAGAUUCUGCGAGCGAGCUUAAGAACAGAAACAAAUACAGAUUGAAAGAGACAUCACAAAUGUUAUAUAUACGUUUAAAGAUUAAACAGUGCUUGCAGCUGUGCAUGCAGAGCAUACAUCGUGCUGACUCAUGCAUGCUAUAACAUAUGGGGAUGCGUGAUAAUAUCAUGAAUGUGAUUUGGCAAGCACGUUGUACAGGGUUAUUUAUGCUCUGCACGGCUGUCCCAAACACUGUUUCAUUCCCAGUUUGUAAAAUAAAGCGGCUAUUGGGAAUACAAAGUUUAAUAAGAUGGGGAACUGCAUAUCCUGGUCAUUAAACUCUAAUCUCAUGUUUUGAAGAAUCCAUCUUUAACCCAGAGUGAGCAGGAACACCUUGCAAGGCCAUUUCUCCCCCCCAAAU